GCUUCAAACCCGUGAGUCGAGAGAGCAUGUGACUGUCACUGACUGAACUAAAAAGAACACGAGGAAAGAAAACAAAACGUCUCAAACUGUCCGAAAACAUUCGCAGCUUGGGCUCCCAUCACUCAGCAGCAGACAUGGAUUGCGGAAUUCUAACAUCUAAAACCGUUCUUUUAUUUCUCAGUGUAAUAUUUUGGGCUGCUGGAGCGGCCCUCGCGUAUGUUGGCUCUUAUGUGAUAAAGAGCUACAACAGCUUUGAAGACUUUGUAUCUAAUAAGUACUCCGUCAUCCCAGCAGCCAUUAUAAUCGCUGUGGCUGUGGUCAUGUUUGUCAUCGGGAUCGUUGGCUGCUGUGCAACUCUGAGGGAGUCCAAAGUCGGUUUAGGCUUUUUUCUUCUCAUCAUCAUGAUAAUCUUCGCAGCCGAGGUGACCGCUUUUGUGUUUGGCUUCAUCUACAGGGGAAGAAUUAAGGGUGACCUAGAAAAGUCAAUGAACAGCGUCUUUCAAAAGUAUGACGGUGUGGACAGUGAAACCCAUGCAGUGGAUUACUUGCAAUUCCAAUUGGAGUGCUGUGGGGUGAAUAACAUCACAGACUGGACUGCAAUGCCAUGGUUUGGCCAACAUAACAACUCUGUGCCACAUUCCUGCUGCAAAGCAAAUGCUACACAAUGCACUGGCCAACUCACCCAACUAGAUCUUCUGAACACACAGGGAUGUGAAGCUAAACUGGAGCAGAUGCUUCAGGAUGUGCUCAGUUAUGCAAUGUUGGUCAUCCUGGGAUUUGCCAUCAUUAAGUUGUUUGGGAUGCUCAGCAUCUGUGUCAUUGCCUGCAAAAGCAAGAAGAAUGACUAUCAGCCUCUGUAUGCGUGAUAGUAAAAUCUCCUGAAUCACUCUCUUGGGACAGUCGCUACAUUCUCGCUACUGUGCAGCUAAACACAGCCUCACUGGCACCAUAAACAACAGUGGUUUGAAGGUGUGACAGUAUUCCAAACAUUUAGUUAAAAAAAAAUAAUUGUAAUGCCUUUUGGUUUGAGUGCAAAAGUCCAACUUGAAUGAGAAAUGCUGAUGGGAACCACACAGGUGUGUGGUCAGAAAAACACCGAACAUUAUCAAA